GCCGAUGCGUCGGUCCCUUUUCCGAAGACCAGAAGCUUACUGCUAGGCUGGCAAACUGGUCUGCAGAGUCAUCACGAUGCCUCAGGCAUGGGAACUUUGCAUGCACCGAUACCAAACCGAUACAUCCGACUGGUCCGGCAACGAGGGAAAUAUAUACAGAGAUGCUCACAUGGAUGCCUGCGUCUCCUCGCUGUCUGCAAGGAUCUCUCAUCCACCUGCAAGGAUCUCUCGUCCGCCAUGAGCGCCCCGCCACAAACCCAUAGUGACAGGCGACGUCAUUCGAUAAUCAAUGCGUCGGCGCGAGAAUCUAUUGCACGAUCGGCGUCACCGACUAUUGACGGGAUGCAAGACAAGGAGAAGCUCAGUGCAGACGUCGAGGCCAAGGAGCAGCAGUCAACAGAGUCGCCAGCAACCACAACAUCGAGCACAUCAGAGUUUCCGGAAGGAUUCUUCGCGUUCAUCGCCACCUUCGGUAUCACCAAUUCCUAUGGCGUAUUCCAGGAUUACUACCAAUCGACGCUGUUGUCGCAUUCGUCCUCGUCAACCAUCGCGUUGGUGGGAGCGAUCCAGUUGUUUUUCCUCUACGGUGGCGGUCCCAUCGUGGGGCGGGUAUACGACGCUUACGGGACUGGUGUUCUGAUCCCAUUGGGAUCCUUUUUCAUCGUGUUCUCCCUCAUGAUGCUAUCACUGGUGCAACCAGACAAGCCCUACCAGAUAUUCCUCUCGCAAGGAAUACUCUUCGGGUUCGGGCUAGCAUGCAUAUUCAAUCCUACCAUGUCCGUGGCAGGGCAUUGGUUCAGGAAGAGACGAGCAUACGCGAUCGGCGUCAUAGCCUCCGGCAGCUCAAUAGGCGGGGUGUUCUUCCCCAUCAUGCUGCAGCGACUCAUCGUCAGCAUCGGCUUCCCAUGGGCAGUACGGGCUGUGGCUUUCCUCUGUCUCGGGUGCUUGACGAUCGCGUGCCUUACCAUCCGCACGCGGUUGCCGCUCUCGCGCAGCAUCUCGCUCAGAGGUCUGGUCGACCUCAACGGCUUCAAGGAUUGGAGAUACGUCCUCGCGACGAUAGCGGCGUUCAUAGUGUUCUACGCCAUCUUCAUACCGUACUUCUACAUCCAGAUAUUUGCAGAUUUCUUCGGCGUCCCUAACAGCUAUGCGAUAUACCUCUUGCCGAUCAUCAAUGCCUUCGGCACGCCAUCUCGUGUCAUUCCUGGGUUGAUGGCGGACCGUUGGGGAUGCAUUUUCACGCUUGCGCUGUGGCUACCGGCGCGGACGCCCGCUGCCAUCACGGCAUUCGCGGCCAUGUAUGGUCUGUUCACAGGUGCUUUUGUAACCUUGCUACCUGCGUACAUCUAUACCAUCUCCCCGCUGGAGGUGUACGGCGCUAGGCUAGGCGCGAUGUACUUCUUGGUCGGGAUCGCCAACCUCGUCGGCACUCCGACCGCCGGCGCAUUCUUGGCCACCACGACUGUGGCGGGCUUCAACGGCCUCAUCGUCUUCACUGGCGUGUUGCUCUUGGCAGGGUCGCUGAUUUUGGGUGUCAUUGGUGUCGUCACGGAGGUUCAGAAACGGAGAGCGGUGAAUUUGCCUCGAUGAUUCUCGAACUAAGAAGUCAUUAUUGCUGCGAUCAGCGGGUGCUUGGCGUGCUUGACAAGCAACAUGCCCAUUUUGGUACUAAGACGUCGCAUCACCGUAGAUGCAUAGCCGUUGCAGUAGCCCCGUACUUAGACCUGCAUACGCGACGUUGCGUGAGCUGUUAGCCAAUUCAUACAAGAAAGCAAGUCCAGGAUUUGCGUUCCGUCGGCGACACUCGAUUAAUUGUAGUGUCGUUAUUUGCGACUUAUACUCCAGUCAAUCAUCGCUCUCAAACUUCUCCCCGAUCAUCGUCUCUGUCUCAUUCAC